AUGACUGCGAACCUGCCAUUGUCGGGCCUCCGGGUCCUCGAACUCGCAGGACUGGCUCCAGGCCCCUUCUGCGGUCUCCUCCUCGCCGACUGGGGCGCCGACGUCCUACGCAUCGACCGACCCAGUCCAAAGCCGACACCCACCAACGACCUCUUGACCUCGCACAAGGCCUCGAUCGCACUGGACCUGAAAGACGGGCGAUGCAUCGCCGUGCUCCUCUCGCUGGUCCGCAAGGCCGAUGUCCUAAUCGACCCCUUCCGGCCCGGCGUGUUGGAGAAACUCGGCCUAGAUCCCACGACGGUGCUGCUGAAACGCAAUCCGGGCCUGACCGUGGUGCGACUGACCGGAUUCCGCCGCGACGGCAAAUACAGCGCCAUGGCCGGCCACGACAUCAACUACCUGGCGGCGUCGGGCGUUCUGUCCAUGCUCGGUCCGCGGGACAGCCCUCCCUCCCCGCCGGCCAACAUUCUAGCAGACUUUGCGGGCGGCGGCCACGUCGCGUUCACGGGUGUGUUGUUGGCGCUGAUCCAACGUCAGAACGGUAAGGGUAAUGGUAAGGGCCAGAUCGUUCACGCCAAUAUGGUCGACGGGGUCAGUUAUCUGGGCACGUUCCCGCGCCUGUUGACCAAGGAACCCGUAAUUUGGAGUGGCGAGCGCGGCACAAACACCCUCGACGGCGGCGCGCCGUAUUACGCCUGCUACGAGUGCAAGGAUCGCGGGAAGUAUAUGUCGGUCGGGGCGCUGGAGCCGCAGUUCUACGUACAGCUGAUCCAGGGUCUGGGGUUCACGCCCGAGGAGGUCGUGCCGGGCGCCUUGGACAGGCAGGAUAGGCGGGCCUGGCCGUAUAUGCGGGAAGUCUUCACUGCGCGGUUCAAGACCAAGACGAGGAAGGAGUGGGAGCACGUCUUUGAUGGCACCGAUGCUUGUGCGGUGCCGGUGCUGGAACAUCGCGAAAUGGAGGACGCACAGUACGACCUUCGUCCUAUGGUCGGCUUGUCCGAGUCUCCCGCGAGAGUGGUGGAGAGGCCGUGGAAGGGUCAGCCGCUCCGGCCGGGUGAGGGUGGUGAGGCAGCUCUGAAGGACUGGAUGGGAUGGAGCAAGGGCAGAGACUACCAUGUCUCGGCCAACGGGGCAUUCCAGGUUGUUGAGGAGGAGAAGAGUAGGUUAUGA